UUUUCACUUAUAUUGCUUUUUUGGGUUUUUGUUUUUCCCUUUUGAGAAUCUGGAAAAGCCUUUGGAAGUGACAAAACAAACCAACCCCUCUCUGUUUUCUUGCAGCCUGUGAUAAUCGGCUUUUGGAGAUUCUUUUCUUCCUCUUUUCUCUCUUCAUUUCUGCACUCCAACGGAAGAAAGCUGAACCCCAGAACAGAAUCGAAGUUUGAUUUUCCAGUUCUUCUUAUUUGUAGUCGAUUUAACCUUUUGGGGUUCAUUUUUUUUUCGACUCAGUCUUCUGGGGAGGAGAGAAAUGAAGAUGAACCACAGAUUUUGAGAGCGUUUUAAAGUGAAAGUAGAUGGUUGAGACUGAUAUUAAUCUCUCACCAAUGGAGGAAGAAAAAGAGGAGUUGGGUGUGGCAUCAUGUGAUUGGAGUUAAAGGGUAGGACAAAGUUUUAAGUGGUUUUAGGGGUUUCUUUUUUGUUGGGAGGUUAUAAUUUUGGUCAAAAGGGGAGAGAGAAGAUGGAGGCACAGAAUCAGAAGUCUUUGGAAAGAGUUGUUUCUCAGAAAGCUCUGCAACUGGGGAGUUCAUUUCCUUGUCAAAUUUGUGUUGUGGGGUUUCUCUGUGGAGUUUGUAUUGCCUCUCUGUUUCUUGGUGCUUUYCCUUUGGGAUUUGACUGGAGUUCUUUCUCACCCAAUUCAGUGACUUCUUCAUUGUGGAACUCCACUUCUGAAAAUAUUAGCUGCAACUUUAGACCAAAGGAGGUUGAGAGACUGAAGGAUUUCCAGAGAAUUAAGGUAAACAUCGCCAAUGAYGAGAAAGCAUCCUUAUUAUAUUCAGCUUGGAGUGUUUUGUUGACUGAACCGAUCAGUGGAAAAAAUGCUGUUCCGCGGGGUCUUGGAUUGGACGACAAAGCUACAGUUCCGAAAGCACCCCAUUUGGAAGAUUGCAAGUUGAAAGCAGAAGCAAAUAAACGUUUCGAUGAGCGAUCUGAAACUGAUGGAUUCCCUCCUUGGACAAGUUGGAAGGGGUUCUUAGACUUGCACCUGACUGAUGCUGCGACUGAGAGAUCGAGCUACCUUCGGCACCGGGAAAUAUCUAAAGGUUCCUACCCUCCUUGGGUUAUCGGAUCAGAUGAAGAAAAUUACCCCUUGACUCGAAAAGUACAACGGGAACUAUGGAUCCACCAGCAUCCAUCGAACUGUAGAGAUCCAAAUGUUCGGUUUCUUGUAGCUGAUUGGGAGCGAUUACCUGGAUUUGGGAUCGGAGCUCAAAUUGCAGGAAUGUGUGGACUUCUUGCUAUAGCGAUCAACGAGAAGAGGAUUCUUGUUACGAGUUAUUAUAAUCGWGCUGACCAUGAUGGUUGUCAAGGUUCAUCUCGGUCCAGUUGGUCGUGCUAUUUCUUCCCUGAAACAUCCCAAGAAUGUCGGGACCGUGCAUUUGAACUUUUGGGGAACAAUGAAGCUUGGAAGAGCAGAAUCAUAACGGCAAAAGAAAACUACAGCACCAAGGAAAUAUGGACUGGUCGGAUUCCUAGGACAUGGGGGAAUCCAUGGAGUUAUUUGCAACCCACAACAGAAGUUAAUGGAAGUCUACUUUUUCAUCAUCGCAAAAUGGAUAGAAGGUGGUGGAGAGCACAGGCAGUUCGGUACUUAAUGAGAUUUCAGACAGAAUACACAUGUGGCUUGAUGAAUGCCGCUCGCCAUGCUGCAUUCGGGAAGGAAGCUGCAGAAAUGGUUCUCAAGAGUCUCCAUGGAAAAUGGCCAGAGGGAGAUUCACUGACAUCAAAGCAUGAUAUAGAAGAUUUCGUAUGGUCGAAUCACAAAGCAUGGAUACCUAGGCCACUGUUAAGCAUGCAUGUAAGAAUGGGAGAUAAAGCCUGUGAAAUGAAGGUUGUUGAAUUUGAAGGAUACAUGGCCCUUGCCGAACGCAUUAGAAGACGUUUUCCUAAUCUUGAUAGCAUUUGGCUUUCAACCGAAAUGCAGGAAGUGAUCGAUAAAACAAGAAGCUACCCAUCCUGGAGAUUUUACUACACAGACGUGAAACGACAAGUAGGAAAUCUUACGAUGGCCACCUACGAAGCACAGCUUGGUAGGAUAACCAGCACAAACUAUCCCCUUGUGAACUUCCUGAUGGCAACUGAGGCUGAUUUUUUCGUUGGAGCAUUGGGCUCAACAUGGUGCUUUCUUAUAGAUGGAAUGAGAAACACGGGGGGUAAAGUAAUGGCCGGAUACUUGAGUGUUAACAAGGAUCGGUUUUGGUAAAGUUGGUAAAGGAAAAACUGUCUCGUGGUCAAUAAAUAAGCACGUCUGAUCUGUAAAUAGGAUACUUUAUUUUGCCUUUCUUUUGAAAGGGGAAGAGAUAGUGAGGGAGAGUAAUGAGAAUUUGUGGGUUAUACAUGGUACAUGUAUAGUGAGAUUGACAAGAAAUACAAGUCUUCUAUUCUCAAUUCUCUUUUUCUUGUUUGGUAGCUGUCUUUGAUGUAAAGGAAAGGAGUUGACUUGAAAAAACUGUUUGAUUGUUUCGGUGU